CGCAACCUACGCCAUACUUUAGUGCAUCACAAGACGUGAAACGUACGCUACGAGAGUAACGUUUAAUACGUGUUGGAGUUUAUUAAGCAGUUUAGUGAUUCAAGUGUAUUUGGAUAUAUAACAGACCCACGACAACUAGUAUAAAAUAAUCCCAAAAGAUCACAAGCAAUGGGAAAAGACUACUAUAAGAUGCUAGGGAUUGCCCGGGGAGCAAGCGAUGAUGAAAUUAAGAAAGCAUACCGUAAAUUGGCUUUGAAAUAUCACCCUGAUAAGAAUAAAAAUUCGGGUGCUGAAGAAAAAUUCAAAGAAAUAGCUGAGGCCUACGAAGUUUUAUCUGACAAAAAGAAGCGAGAUAUCUUUGACAAGUAUGGAGAAGAAGGUUUGAAGGGAGGAUCUUCAGGAGGAUCUUCUUCCGGUCCCAACGACCCUGGAUUUACUUCAUAUACUUUCCAUGGGGAUCCAAGAGCUACAUUUGCACAAUUCUUCGGGUCGGCCUCACCAUUUCAGACAUUCUUUGAUUUUGGUGGUCAGGGAAGCAAUCGUAUAUUUGGUUUUCAUGAUGACGACAUGGACGUGGAUGACCCCUUUCAUUUAGGAAUGGGUCCAGCAAGACCUGGCGGGCCAGGAGGGGCAUUUAGAUCUCAUUCUUUCAACUUCGCUGGCUCAAACGCUAAUAGAGGAGGCAGUAAGGAUCGGGCACAAGAUCCACCUAUAGAACAUGACCUCUAUGUCACCUUGGAAGACAUCACCAGGGGAUGUACGAAGAAGAUGAAAAUAUCGAGGAGAGUAGUCCAAGCUGAUGGUUCGGUUAAAAAAGAAGAUAAAGUACUAACAAUCAACGUUAAACCAGGAUGGAAAGCCGGGACAAAGAUAACUUUCCAGAAAGAAGGUGAUCAAGGACGCGGCAAAGUACCUGCAGACAUCGUAUUUAUUAUCAGAGACAAACCACAUCCUCUGUUCAGGAGAGAGGGCAGUGAUGUCAGAUAUACAUGCAAAUUAUCUUUAAAACAAGCCUUGUGCGGCACGGUUAUUGAAGUUCCAACGCUAUCUGGGGAGAAGAUUACACUGAAUUUGUCAAGGGAAAUAGUGAAGCCUAAUUUGGUAAAGAGAAUCCAAGGCCAUGGGUUACCUUUCCCUAAAGAGCCUUCGCGUAAAGGAGAUCUGUUAGUGGCAUUUGACAUCAAAUUCCCUGAAACAUUAACGCAAAGUGCCAAGGACAUACUUUAUGACACUUUACCCAAUUGAUCAAAUUGUGAUGGUCAAUGAUUUAAAUGAGCAAACAAGUAACCAUCCUGUUGUGUAACCCCGUAAUCGAUCGAUCCUAGAGAUUAUAGAGACUCUUUGUACGUUCCAGUACAAUAUGUAUGGAAGAUCUAGCAUAUUCAUGUUCGUCUAGGAAACCCUAGAUCAGUAAUCUUGUCCACGGCAAGCUUACUUCAAAUUUAAAAACAGGCUCAGUCAAAAUCAAGUAUUUAAUAUUAGAUGAAAUGUUCCUUGAUCCAAGCCUGUAAAAAUGUUCUCUUUACCUCAUCAUUUGACGAUCAGCUUCUGUAAAGUGAAACUAGGAUUUUGAAACAGGCGAGCGUGUCGUGCUAGGCGCUAAGUUAUGUGAUUACGUUGCGAUUGUGAUUACACAUAUGGUGUACGAGUCUGUAUUUACUAUGCUAUUUAUGUAAUUAUACUGUGUUCGUACUGUGGAACUGUUGGUAUGUAUGAAUGCAUGCGAAUGUGGGUGAAUGUGAAUAAUUACAAUAAUUUCAAAUGCGAUAUUACAAAUAUAAACUGCUCCAUGCUGUUGAUACAUAAAUGUCGAACAGCUAACCCCUGUAAAUGAAUAAAAGAUAUCUAUUUGUAAUAAUAAAACGAUUAAUAUUCUU